GAAAAGCGCGCCGUCGCUGUCUGACGGCCGUGCCGAGCGCCAGGAGACAAGCGGCAACGCUACAAAACAACGCACCAACCAACCGCCCCACUGCCGACCCUUUCCACCCCCAGCUCCCUCCCUUCCGCCGGCCGGCAGCGGCCACUCCCUUCCAUUGCCCGCAUGGUAUGGCCGCCCCUUCCCUCCUCCUAUCCUUAACGCUGCCGCUCCUCGCCACCGCCGCGCCGCCCCACGGCCUCACCCAAGCGGAUGUGGCGAAGCAACUGAAGGAGGAGCUCUGGGAGAGGAACCGGGGACAUUGGAUGCUCAAGUCGUGGAAUGGGAACCCGUGUUCUCCGACCUGGGAAGGGUUCACUUGCCGAUCGAAGGAAGGCUCCCUUGUCAUCUUUAAGCUGAACUUUUCUUCGAAGAAAUUGCAAGGGCCGAUUCCUGCCGCGAUUGGUGACUUAACGGAGCUAAAUGAACUUGAUCUGCAGGACAAUAACUUCACUGGAUAUAUUCCGGCAUCUUUGUCUGCUCUCAAACACCUGCUGAAGCUGAGCAUAUACUUGAAUUGCAACCCAUUCCUGAACAAUCAGACACCUGAUAGUUUAUCUACUGGGGUGGAUUUCAGCCAUGGAGGAUGUGCUGCUGAAGAGCACUAUAGCUCACCUGCUGAAGAGUACCAAAGCCCACCUGCAGUUGCCAGUCAGAGAAUAUUUGUUGGUGGUGGUUUUGCCGGAGGAUCUUUGGCGUGUACGUUUGCACUUGGAUUGUUCUUUGUUUGUUUUAACAAACGUGAACGACGUCCUCCGAAAACAGAUUGCUCUUCUACAACAAAUCCUGUUUUUCAAGAAUGCAGGAUCCAUAAAAAUACAAACCCUGCAGUACAACAGUUGCCCCUCAAAUCAAUCCAGAAUGCAACGGGCAACUUCAAAACGUUGAUAGGAGAGGGUGGGUUUGGAGCAGUUUACCGAGGUACAUUAGCACAUGGACAAGAAGUUGCAGUAAAGGUUCGCUCAACAUCAUCAACACAGGGAGCACGUGAGUUUAACAAUGAGUUAAGGCUUCUUUCUACUGCGUGGCAUGAGAAUUUGGUCCCACUUAUUGGUUAUUGCUGUGAAAAGGAUCAACAGAUAUUGGUCUAUCCGUUCAUGUCCAAUGGCUCACUACAGGAUCGCCUCUACGGUGAGGCAUCAAAAAGGAAAGUUCUUGAUUGGCCCACCAGACUAUCUGUUUGCAUUGGUGCUGCUAGAGGGCUGGUAUAUCUGCACAAUUUUGCUGGGCGAUGUAUCAUACACAGAGAUGUUAAAUCAAGCAACAUACUUCUGGAUCACAGUAUGUGUGGCAAGGUAGCCGACUUUGGGUUUUCUAAGUAUGCACCUCAAGAAGAUGACAGUAAUGCAUCGAUGGAAGUGAGAGGAACUGCUGGAUAUUUGGACCCAGAAUACUAUUCCACUCAGGUGUUAUCAACCAGAAGCGAUGUCUUCAGUUUUGGAGUAGUUCAGUUAGAAAUUGUAACUGGAAGAGAACCUCUUGAUGUUCAAAGGCCUCGUGAUGGAUGGAGCUUAGUUGAGUGGGCAAAACCUUACAUAAGGGAGUACAAGAUUGAAGAGAUCGUGGACCCUGGCAUAAAAGGGCAAUACUGUUCAGAGGCCAUGUGGAGGGUGCUUGAGGUUGCAUCAGUCUGCACCGAGCCCUUCUCAACCUUCCGGCCAAGCAUGGAGGAUGUCCUCAGGGAGCUGGAGGACGCUCUGAUCAUCGAGAAUAAUGCGUCCGAGUACAUGAGGUCCAAAGAAAGCACCGGGACGCUGGGCUCCAAUCGCUAUCUGUCUAUGGACAGGAAAAUAUUUGCAUCAGGUUCAGCGCGAAUCGACGCGACGAAGGGGCAGUUGCCAACAAUGCCGUCGCUUCCGAGGUGACUAGCUGCGCAUUGUGAUCUUGCAAUGGGUGUCCUCAAAGAUGUGAUCCUUGUUGAAGACACAUCCGAGUUCCAUGAGCACCUGAGAAGGGCAUGGUGUGGUCAUGUUACCCAUCUCUGCAGUCUGUUCUAUACUACUAUGUACAGAGCCCAUCCAGUGAUGAGAGCACAGAGCAGUGACACCUGCACUGGGAAAUGCUUCCUGAAAUCUGAAGCCAGAAGGAGGCUAGUUUUCCCGGUAGAAUUUACCUUGAUUCUUCACCUAAAUGCUGGUGAAUGUGCGUGCACAACUAUUGUUUGGACAUUGUUUGGACAUCGAACAUAGGAUAUGUUGAGGUAGCAUCAUUUCAAUAUGGCCCAAAGCUGCUCGCUUGUAGCGAGCUGAUCCAACGCCUUAACUACAUUUCCUUACCACAAAGUCAUGACGA